AAGACCUGGGGCAAGUCGCCGCGGCGGAAUCUCGCGCGACACCGGCUCAACAGCGCACCGACGCGCCCAGCAGCUCUGCGGCGAGGGCCCCAAGCUGCCCCACCCACCAACAAGCAGCCCAGGCAAACAGCCCCGGACCUGUCCCAACAACAGCUCCGCCACAAGCAGCCCAAAAGCUGCCCGCAAGGCGCCCGCCCCAACAGCAGCCCCGGAGCAAGCGCCCAGUACAACAGGCCCCAUGGAAGAGGAAAUGGACAAAGGGCGUAUGGCGGAGGAACUCGAGAUGGGCGCCGCGCCCGCGAACUGGCCGAGCCCCCGCGACUUGGACGACCUCAUGGCCGACCGCGAGGUCGCGAACCUCCAAUCCUUGCUCAAGGCGAACGGCCAGACGUCGAUGCAGCAGUGGCUCCAAGUAGAUCCGUCCCAAGGCCUCUCCAGCGAUAUCGAGAAGCGCCGAACAAUUUAUGGAAGGAACGCCUUCGACGCGAAGCCGCCCACCUCCUUCUUCGCAUUCUGGUGGGACGCGAUGCAUGAUGGGGCGAUCAUCGUUUUAUCUGUCAUGGCCGUCGUUACUAUUUUAGUAUGGCUCUUCGUCGAAACUCCUAAAUGUGUUCCCAAUGGCUAUUUGGAACCCGUCGCUCUCGUGUUUUCCAUCUCAGUUAUUACAUUAACAACAGCUGGAAUAGAUUUCAGCAAGGAGCGGAUGUUCGCCGCCUUAUCGGAUCAAUUGGAUGCGUCCAAUAAAAAAUUCGUGCUGCGGAAUGGACAAACGUUGGAACUGCCGGACGCGGAGAUCGUCGUCGGUGACAUCGUUACGUUUAAUGCUCAUAAUGCGGCGUCGGUGCCCGCGGACGGCGUCCUCGUAGCUGGUUCGGGCGUGAAGAUGGACGAGGCCGCUCUCAACGGCGAGCCCGAGCCCGCCGAGAAGAGCGCCGAGAAGCCUUUUAUAUUAUCUGGCACGGUCUGUACGUCUGGUUCUGGCAAAUUGUUAGUGUUAGCGGUAGGAACACAUAGUGUAUCAGGUAAGAUCAAGGCCGCGGUCUACGGCGAGGCCGAGGAGGAAGGCGGGUCCCCGCUCUUCGACAAGCUCGACAAGAUGUCCCUGAAGAUCGGCAAGGCGGGCAUGUACCCGCGUCUCGCUAUCUCGGCACCGCGGCCAUGUUUUCGGCCCAAACUCGGACACGACGUCUCUCUGAUACAAUCGACCGAGUUGAGCGAGCAGAACUUCUCUCAGACCACGAGAGACCACGAAUUGAAGGGCGCUUGAACUUUGAUUUCCACACAGGCAUGUUCGUCGCGACGGUCGUUUUUCUUGUGAUGACGAUCGUGGGUGUUUUUAUCAAGGGCGGCCCGGCGCGCGAGAUCGUGCACUACAUCGUCCAGGCCAUUACUAUUCUUGCGGUUGCGGUUCCCGAGGGUCUGCCGUUGGCCGUUACGCUGUCCCUGGCGUUUUCGUCGUCGAAGAUGAGUCUGGAUAAUAAUCUCGUGAAGACCUUGAAGGCCUGCGAGACCAUGGGUUCUGCUACGACGAUCUGUUCGGAUAAGACGGGAACAUUGACCGCGAACCGGAUGACCGUGCGAGGUGCCGUGGUGUGCGGGGUCGUGAAGCCAGCCUUGGACCCUAGGAUCGAUACCGCCGAGUCGAGGAAGUCCGUCGGUCAACGACUAAGAGCAGAUAAGAAUAUACCGAAUGAAGCGCUGGAAGAGUUGGGAAGACUCAUCAGCGUGGACACGAUGGACGAGAGCGCCGUGGUCUUUGAAAAUGGCGACAAUGCGCCGCCGGCGUUCAAGGGCAACCCCACCGAAUGCGCGUUGCUCGAACUUUGCAGGACCCUAUCGAUCGACUGGCGUGGGAUUAGGGACUCAGCAAUUGGUCGGAGUGAUGCCACUCGUUCGCAGGGCCACCCGUUCAUGUUCUCGUCAGCGCGCAAGCUCAUGAGCUGGGCCGUGCCUCGGGAGCGGGGCUAUCGGGUCUACGUCAAGGGCGCGGCCGAGAUUGUUUUGUCAAGAUGCGCCUGGGAGGUGUCUUCCACGAACCGUGUUCAAAAACUGAAGGACGAGCGGAGGGAGUCUUUUUAUGUGAACGACGUCGUCAAGUCCUUCGCCGCCAGCGCGAUGCGGACCAUCGCGCUGGCCUACAAAGAUUUCGACCGUCUGCCCCAAGAUUGGAGUCAAACGACUGAUGAGGUAAAAAAUGCGGACGGGACCGACGCCUUCGUGGCGGAGACGGAGCUCGUGUUGAUGGGCAUCGUCGGCAUAGAAGACCCCUUGCGAGAUGAGGUUCCUCCCGCAAUUAAUCGGUGCUACGGCGCCGGGAUUGAUGUGCGCAUGUGCACGGGCGACAACCUGGCGACGGCCGUCGCUAUCGCGUCGAGAUGCGGCAUCCUGCGGAAGGAGCACUAUAAACAUGGUAGGAUGUCGCCGCACGUCUCCGACUUGUUGAAGGAUCGGGCCAUGACGGGCAAGGAGUUUCGCAAGCGGGUCCAUAAUAGUGAAGGCGUCUUCGUGCAGGCGGCCUUCGACGAGAUCUGGCCUCGACUCAGGGUCAUGGCGCGGUGUGAUCCCGACGAUAAACAUACAUUAGCACAUGGUCUCAAUAAAUCACUGCUCUUCCAGGACACGGAGACGUGCGCUGCCCUCAAAGAGGAGGGCAUCACGAUCUUUCCCGACCGCCAGGUCGUCGCCAUGACCGGCGACGGGACCAACGACGCGCCGGCGCUGAAAAGAGCGGAUGUUGGCUUCGCCAUGGGCAUCUCGGGCACGCAGAUCGCCAAGGACGCGGCGGACAUUAUUCUGUUAGAUGACAACUUCGCGUCCAUCGUCACGGCGGCCAAGUGGGGGCGCAACGUCUACGAUUCGGUGUGCAAGUUCCUGCAGUUCCAGCUUACUGUCAAUAUUGCCGCUAUCUCCGUCGCGGUCGUCGGGGCUUUUAGAUACCAGGAAUCGCCCAUAGCGGCGGUCCAGAUGCUCUGGAUCAACCUGAUCAUGGACUCUUUGGCUUCUCUCGCAUUAGCGACGGAGCCGCCCGACGACGCGUUGCUCGAUCGACCGCCCGUCAAUAGAUCGGAUUCCAUCAUCUCAGAACAGAUGUGGUACAACAUGGUCGGCCACGCGGCCUACCAAGUCGUCGUCAUGAUGCUCUUGUAUUAUGAUUUAGGUGCUUCCCUAUUAGAUACGGAGCCGAACGGGACGCCCCACCACGGGAAAUGUGGCGGUGUUACCGUGUACUCGAAGCACCAUUCCGCAUUAUUCAACUGCUUCGUCAUGAUGACGCUGUUCAACGAGAUCAACUGCCGGAAGUUGCGGGGCGAGUGGAACGUCUUUGCAGGAUUGUUCAAGAACCCCUACUUUGGUUCGAUAUGGGUGCUUACCAUGGUGAUUCAGAUCAUUGGUGUCCAGUUUGGAGGGGCCGCAAUCGCCGUGCACAAGGACGGCAUCACGUCGCGCCAGUGGCUCGUCUGCGUCUGCUUCGGGGCCGGCGAGUUGGUCUGGCAGCAGGUGAUAAACGUCGUGCACAUGCUCACGAAGGGCGGCGACGAACAGGUCGGAGAGAAGGGUUAUAGAGAUGCCGGCAUCCUGAAGAUCGGGUCCGGGCGUGUCGCGCUGCCGGAGACGGUGCGGUCCGCCUCGUCGCGGUCGAACGAGUCGUCGCAGCGCGACUUAUCAUUAAGGCGCCGCGCGUCGUCGAAGAAGGGGCUGUCGGCGCGGGAGCCGUCCACUACUCCUCGCAUGGUCGCGUCGGAGAAGGUCUAGGUCGUUCUUGCCCCCGGCCUAAGGUUUCGCUCUAUGGG